AUGUCACCCACACCCCAGAGGAAAAACCUCUUCCUCUGUCUCGACGCUUUCGGCACCCUCUUCACACCCAGCGCACCCAUCCCAGUAACCUACGCCGCCGCCGCCCUCAAGCACGGCAUCACCAUAAACACGCCCGACCCCGCCACCCAAGUAUCUUCAUCCUUCAAAUCCGCAUUCAAGCGCCUAUCAUCAGAACACCCAAACUAUGGCCGAGCAACAGGCAUGGGCGCAGAAAAAUGGUGGGCCAAAGUAAUAAAAGAGACCUUCACGCCAUUCUUGGCUCCAAACCAAACUCUCCCAAAGUACCUCGUCCCCGAACUUCUCCACACCUACUCGUCACGUAAGGGGUAUACACUGUACCCCGACGUCCUCCCCUUCUUCCGCAUGGUGCAGCAUAUGAAAGCGCAUAGGAGACGUUACGGCGCUUCUCAUGGACUCUGGCCCUGGGACAAGACUGUAGUAGGCAUAAUCACAAACUCGGAUAACCGCGUCCCCGGGAUACUAUCUUCCUUUGAUCUCAAUAUCAGUCCGCGGCGUUAUAGUGGUGUGGCUGUCAGUCCUCUGGACACCACAAAAUCAGAGCCAUCGAAGAAGAAGAAGAACAGGAAGGAGGCGGAAAAAGAAGACGACAUCGAUUUCACAGUCCUAUCCUACGACGUCGGGGCUGAGAAACCCGAUGGAAGGAUUUUUGCGGCAGCGGAAGAGAUGCUGGCUGCUACUCUAAACGACUCUGUUAAUUCCAGCUCCGAUACUGCACCACCCGUUUCCUCGUUUGAGAAAAUCUACGUGGGCGAUGAUAUCCAGAAAGACGUGUUCGGCGCGCAAGACGCAGGCUGGUCGAGCGUAUUGCUAGAGAGAGAUCCAGAUGCCCUGGGUGGCCAAGGGUAUCUGAACGGCUUGAAGUAUCGCCCGUCCGAUAUGUCUAUAUAA